GGGCAGGUGAAGCUGGUGACGACGGCUGAGCGGGGCAGCUACUCCUGCCGCGUGUUCAAUCUCUUCCAUGAAGUGUGGAGCCGGGAAGUGGACGUGGAGAUCGGCCCGCUGCUCUUCGCCUCCGGAGGCUCCUGGCAGGAGGGGGACAGAGGCUCCCCGGAGCGCGGCAGCCCUGGCCAGCUGUAUGCCACCGACAAAGUGGCCCUGCUGAUCGGCAACAUGCAUUACCUGCACCACAAGCAGCUGAAGGCGCCCAUGGUGGACGUGCACGCCCUCGGCGCCCUCCUCCGCCAGCUCGACUUCAAGGUGGUGUCGCUGCUGGACCUGUGCAAGGCCGAGAUGCAGAUGGCUGUCAACGAGUUCCUCCUCCUCCUCGACAAGGGCGUCUACGGUUUGCUCUACUACGCUGGGCAUGGCUAUGAAAAUUUUGGCAACAGCUUCAUGGUGCCCAUCGACGCGCCCAGCUCCUACACCUCGGCCCACUGCCUGUGCGUGCAGCGAGUGCUGCAGAGGAUGCAGCAACGCCGCACUGGCCUCAACAUCUUCCUGCUCGACAUGUGCCGCAAGAGGAACCUCAACGAUGACGUCAUCCCACAGGUUGGGGCACUGCAGGUCACGGCCAACAUCGUCUUCGGCUACGCCACGUGCGCAGAUGCUGAAGCCUAUGAGCUGAGCCAGGGUGAGCUCUCCAACGGCAUCUUCGUCACCUUCCUCAAGCGCUGGCUGCUGGAGGACGAGAAGAUCACAGUGCUGCUGGACAACGUGGCCGAGGACAUGGGCACCCUGGAGAUCACGCGGGCCCUGCCGGAGAGCCGGCCCCUCCACUUCGACUGCGGUGUCACCGUCCAGCUGGGCUUCGCGGCCGAGUUCUCCAACAUCAUGAUCAUCUUCACCCGCGUGGUGGCCAGCCCCGAGGACAUCGCUCAGUGCGAGGCCAAGCUCACCGACAUCCCCGAG